AUGGGCUUUGGCGACGAGAUCGAAAAGUUUGAGAGCGCCGUUGACGGCCAGGACUCUGCCCAGCAGCAGUCGUCCAACACUUCCGACUCCGGAUACGACACCGUCAUCGACAGUGCUGUCGAUUCUUUCGCCUCCAAGGAGGGCGUGUCAUCCGCCUUUGACCCGGAGAUCAACAACCUGGUCAACAACGAGGUUAACAAGUUCAUGUGA